AUUUGCUGAGGCUCGUUCGUAAUGAAAGGGAGCGCGUGAGCGGGCUAGAGCUUCUUGGUGGAGUGUCUAAAUGUGCUUGACUUCCUCGCAUUAUAUUGUGUGGAGGAGCGCUGCACACGUUGUUAUAGCACACCGACAUCGUACUUAGAAAUACUAAUCUCCUGUUCGGGGAGAAUACAAAAUCAAAUUCAGUAUUCUUUCCCGAAGUCUGUUAUUCACAGCUUGCGAAAAAAAUGUCGGCACCAGCGGCAAAAGUGAGUAAAAAGGAGCUGAACUCAAACCAUGACGGAGCGGACGAGACCUCCGAAAAAGAGCAACAGGAAGCUAUUGAACACAUCGACGAAGUUCAAAACGAAAUUGACAGACUGAAUGAGCAAGCAAGUGAGGAGAUAUUGAAAGUAGAACAGAAAUACAAUAAACUCCGUCAGCCGUUCUUUCAGAAGAGAUCAGAACUGAUUGCUAAAAUCCCCAACUUCUGGGUCACCACAUUCGUCAACCAUCCACAAGUUUCUGCUCUUCUUGGGGAGGAAGAUGAGGAGGCACUUCACUAUCUGACCAGGGUGGAGGUUACAGAGUUUGAAGAUAUCAAAUCGGGCUACAGAAUAGAUUUUUAUUACGAUGAAAAUCCAUACUUUGAAAACAAAGUCCUUUCCAAAGAGUUCCAUCUGAACGAGAGUGGAGACCCAUCCUCAAAGUCGACAGAAAUCAAAUGGAAAUCAGGAAAGGACCUGACAAAGCGCUCCAGCCAGACACAGAACAAAACCGGCAAGAAGAGGCAACAUGAAGAGCCAGAGAGCUUCUUCACCUGGUUCACUGAUCACUCAGAUGCUGGGGCAGAUGAGCUGGGAGAGGUUAUCAAGGAUGACAUCUGGCCAAACCCCCUGCAGUACUACCUGGUUCCUGACAUGGAUGAUGAAGAGGGUGAAGGUGAAGAUGAUGAUGACGAUGAGGAAGGCCUUGAGGACAUUGAUGAGGAGGGUGAUGAAGAUGAUGGGGAGGAGGAUGAAGAGGAGGAUGACGGAGAUGAUGGGGAGGAUGAUGGAGAAGAUGACUAAACUGGAAAGUUAAAUAAUCUACCAAUACCCUUUGCUAUCCCCCCCCCCAUUUGGUUAUCCACCCAUAUUUAGGAGAGAUUUUUUUUACUUUUAUUUUGUGCUUCAUUUCCUCAUUCUGAAGCCUCUCCUGUCUGUGCCAUGUUUCAUUUUUUCUCCUCUAAAACCAAUGUCAAAAUUCUUGCCUUUGAAUUGUCAAACCACAAUAAUUCCCACAUUAAUCUAGGGGGGGGAACUACUAGAAUAAGCAUGCCAUCUUGUAGUUAAAUGAAUGGCAAUUUUUAUAAAUUGUUCUUCCUGUUAACGGUUGUGCAAUUUAAAUUAACAAAAGCCAUGGUGCAUUGACUUGGCACUAGUGGACCCCUCCAGUUUUUAUACUUUUGUUCAGUUGAGUAGAUCCCCCCCCCAAAAAAAUCCCCCUGUGUGGUUAAGUCAGCAGAUAAAGUACUAGCUCAUUCCUAUCAGUUUUUGCAAUGUUUGUGGUCUAUGCUGGGGUAGGGCAGAGAGACAGACGUCUUAGGGUGUUGGGGAGGGUGGGAAUUUUGGGGCCAUUACUAUGUAUUUUAUUUUUUUUCAUUUGUAUUGUUUUACAGACAUCCGUGAGAUUUGAAAUUACAUUUUUAAUAAACCAAACAAAACGUUUAAAAAAAUGCUUGUAAAUUUGGGCCCCCACUGCUUCAUGGAAAAUGACCUUGUUAUCUCAUGGAAUUUGCAUCUAAUCACCAUUUUAAUUUCUGCUGGGGAAAAAAAUGUUUUAAACUUAGUGUACAAGUUUCUUUGUUACAAUAAAACUUAAUGUGUACACAAAUGUUUCAUCUAACCAACCGUAGUUAAAUUAGUUAUCUAGAGCCAGAAGCUACACGAUAGAUGUCUGUCUGGCUGUUACAUCUAGAAUUGUGGUAUGCUGGCAGUUUUGGACUGGUAUGUUAAACUGUCAGUAACAGUAUCGAUCUCAAAAGUGCUUACUUUGUAAUACACAAUCACAGGAAAUACCA